AUGAGCACAGCAAAGAGCAGUAAGAUGCUCCAGUUUAUCAAUUACAGGAUGCGAGUUACCAUCCAAGACGGAAGAGUCUUGGUUGGUAGAUUCUUGGCAUUCGACAAACACAUGAACAUAGUUCUAUGCGAUGCUGAGGAGUUCAGAAGGAUCAAGCAGAAAGGAAAGGAGGACAGAGAAGAGAAGCGCGCAUUGGGUCUGGUGCUCAUCAGAGGUGAGACUGUCAUCUCGUUGUCAGCCGAGUCGCCCCCUCCCGAAGAGGCAAAGGCCAAGGCUCCACCUCAGGUGCCAGGCGGCCCUGGAGUUGGACGCGCAGUUGGUCGUGGCAUGGCUCCAUCGUCAGCAGCAGGCAACGCAGGUCUCACAGGACCAGUCAGAGGCGUUGGCACAGGUGCACCGGGCGCAAUGAUGCCCGGUCGUGGUGGCUUCAUGGGACCCCCACCAGGCGGUAUGCCUCCCGGUGGAAUGGGUCGUGGUGGCUUCCCACCCGGCAUGGGACCACCUCCACCCGGUAUGCCUCCAGGAGGCAUGCCACCAGGCAUGGGACCUCCAGGCGGUCGUCCAGGCUUUAUGCCACCUCCUCCAGGUAUGAUGCCUCCAGGAAUGAUGCCACCCGGUGGUUUCCCUCCAGGCAUGAUGCCCCCUGGAAUGGCGCCCCCAGGUAUGGCUCCAGGUGGUAUGCCACCCGGCAUGGGACCUCCAGGCGGUCGUCCCGGCUUUAUGCCACCUCCUCCAGGUAUGAUGCCUCCACCCCCAGGUAUGAGAGGAUUCCCCCAACAAGAG